UCCCAGCUGGGCCAGGCACAAGCAGUGAGAACCCAGGUGACGAAGACCUAACAAGAGGCACUGAACAACGGUCCCCAGGCCACCUCCUUCCCACUGUCCCAUCAUGAAGCUGAUUGCCGUGACUGUGCUGCUCCUCACCAUCUGUAGCUUUGAAUCUGAAGGGGCACUGGUGCGGAGGCAGAGGCAGGCGGAGGAGCCGGAGACUGGCCUGCAGAAGCUGUUCUCUCAGUACCUGCAGACUUUGACCAGCUACAGCAAGCAACUGGUGGAUAAGGUCCCAGAGUUUCAGACCCAGGCCAAGAAUUACCUUAGUAAGACACAGGAGCACUUGGCACCCCUGGUCACAGAGGCUAAGACGGAGCUGUUAAACAUCUUCAACAGUUUCAUACCCUUCACAACCCAAUCUGAAGCUUAAAAGGACCUGCAGGAGUCCUUCCUCCCAGUCACCUCGAAGACCCCUGUGGCCAGGCCUGGAGACCCACUCUCCACCCCUUGUUUUCUGUAAUAAAUAUGGAAUGAGUUAA